GGAGAAGAAGAAGAUGAUGAUGAAGGAAUCGUUCAUGAACUCAACGUCACUAAAGCUCGCAGGAUCAGGGUGCUUUGCGAGGCUAGCAAACGACAGAGUUAGCAGCCGAUAGCCAGCUGCCAUUUACACAAAAGCAACUCCAGCGAUUGUCCUGCAAAUUACGGUCGGCGUAAGUGUUGAGUUAUUACUAGCUAGCUACCACAAUUUAACUUGAGUUGUUAUGCAACCAGAUGUAUAUCAGACAACCAGGCAGCAACGAGUGCGCUUGUUAACCGUUAGAUAGCCAGCUAACGUUAGCUGCAUUGGUGUGUUAAAACUUCAUUACCGUUCUCCUGGCAGCAGGAUAUUAUGCUGGCAGGACGAUCGCUGAUAUUUAUUUUCAAAAUAAGAGCCCCCAUACAAGGCCACGCUAAAUUUAGGCAAUAUCGUUUUUUUCCACUCUAGUGCAGUACACCUGUUUUCACAGCGUUGCAACCACCUUUAAAGCGGCAAUCAGGAGUUGAAACAAUAACAAAGCGUAAUCCCCACCCCUGUUUCGGUAAAAAGCUGAGGGAUGGGUCUGGAGAAGUGUUCCACUCUCAAAUUCAUUGAGGGAGCUAUGGAUGCAAGGACUGAACAUCCAUGGUUUUAAGCAUGUUUUGAUGCUAAAUAAAUGGAGAAUUUGACCUACUUUUAUUUUUAAUAUUGUAUUAUUUAUACCAGUAUUUCUGUAGAAAGUGUACACCAAUGCUGGCAUGUUGAAAGCUAUUAUGUAAGGCUAAAUGUAAGGAAAUACACUUUUAAUAAAAUACAAAUAUAUGUAAUUGGAAUUUCUCAAUAGGAUACAAAACUUUAAUUGGCCAAUUGUGUUGGGCAACGGGUUUAAUAGAGUGUGCUGGUGACGCCUUACUCCAUUCACUGCAAUGCAAUGCAAUACAAUACGCUGCAUAUGAAUUACAUAUUGGUUAAUAGAGAACAUAAACGACUGUGCCGAUGUAAAAGUAGGGUUGGGAUUACUCCGUAGGGUCUGUAGAUAUGGUGUUAUUUCUUGGGGGACUGAGGACUACAUACCCAGCAGCACUUUCAAAUCCAGUGGUCCAGGUGAGGCUUGAGGCUGGGGUACUAAUGGGGGUCCACUAGAAUUGGUAGCCCUGGAGACCUGGCCCGAGAUUGCCUCCACUCCCAGAAGGCCUAGUUGCACCCAUGCACCGCAGUUCCUCGAGCGAAGUUUCUUUGAUCCGCAUGGCCAAAAUUGGCAUCUCAUAAUCAUCACUCAGGCGUACUUUAUCGUGGCACAAGAGGCGCCGUUGAGAGGGUGGGAAGGCGUUGGACGGAGCCCUUCUGUAGGUCACACCCAGCUCUCAUGCUUGGCAUUCAUACUCCAAUGCUAGCUGCUCCAGUUACUUUAGAUCUUUGACCCCGUCAAUGUGACUUGGGAAGUCAAGGACAAAGACCUAUAAUUACAAGGGGCAUUGCAGGGUUUUAGUAAUUUGCAAAACAUGGUCUUGGAAAUUGUUGACGUUAUGUUUUGAUGCAACUAGUAAUGGUAAUUAAGGAUUUACCCGAGUCCACUUCAACAGAGCAGCACAAAGAAGUUCUUUAAACUCCUUUCCUGCAUGAGCGAUGGAUGGACUGUAUAUAAGGUUGUUGCCAGGAGCUAAUAGACAGACAACGUCUGGGACGAGGCCUUGUGGUAACAGUCCCACAAACAUUUGCGUCCAGCAUUGAAGCUGUAGCUCCAGGAGUGGAGUUAUCUGAGCUCUGUCUUGGUCUCAGCAAGAGGGUGUUGUAACGCUUGCUGGGGUUGAUUUCUGAACGGGGCCAUUGGUUAGCUUUAUGGCGGGAACCGUACGUGUAAAGAAAGUCUGGCAUGACUGGAAAAUGUCAUUAGUAUGAUUUUGGUUUUUGCCCUAGCACUACACCGCUGAUUCAAAUAAUCAAAGUUCGAUGAUGAGUUGGUUAUUUGAAUCAUAAAUUCCUUCUUGCAUUUUUCAACAUGGAUUAAAAUGUAAUAUCUUAUUGAGUUAGCACCUUGUAAUAUUUUGAAAUGUGGGCUUUUAUUUUGAAGGUUUCCUCAUUACCUUAGGAAAGUGACAUCUUCGUUAGUUUUGCUAGCAGAAAAAUAGUGAAGACCUCCUAGCUAGCCAAAUACAGUAUCUAUGGGUGUGAUGAACCUGUGGUGGUGUUUUUGUAAAAAAAAAUGUAUCCUGCAUAAGUUAAUUUGACUUAUCUUGGUGUGUUAGCUGUUAAUUCGUCAUACUACUAGUUAUGUUAUGCUUGUUAUUGUCAACAAGAAUGUGCAAAAAUAAAUCUCACAGAAUCAAAUACUUGUUGUUAUGCUAACGUUAGCUAACUGUGCACGUAAACUAGCUAGCUAGCUACUGCAUUCUUCAACUUCUGCUCUCUCUGCUUUCAAGAUGACAAGGUGAUUGCAUCUAAUUAGUCACUUCAACUGGUCAUCAGCGUGCACUGGAUGCUGUGUAGGCAUAUGCGUUAUUGUCGUAAAGCGCUCGGCAGCAGGAGGUGGAGAGGGUUUGCAGUCUCGUGCCACAGUCCGGGAUGGACACCUGGACACCGAAUCCUCGAGCGAAACCGUUCAUCCCUCGCCAGCAACGGAGCCUCUACCUCACCUGGAAGUACAAAUUAACUAACAAGCGAGCUCUUCGUCGAGGCUGCCAGGUGAGCCCAUGUUGUUUUGCCAGUUCAGCCUCCAUUCACUGUCACUUUUGGUUAGCCUACAUUUGGGGUACUUUUGAGAAAACAACUUGCCUUUUUCCUCUGUGCAGGCUGGAGCGGUUCUAUUUCUGCUGGUCACAGUCAUUGUGAAUAUCAAACUCAUCUUAGACACAAGAAGAGUAGCCAAUGAGGAAGAGGCAGUGCAGGAGUAUGGUGAGUCUUGUCAAUUCUUCCACCAUUUGUUUGACACAUUUCCAUUUGCCAUGUCAAAAGCUGUUUCUCACGUAUUAUAGCCUAACAAAGUUGUUGAUAUAUGGAAUUCAUGCUGCUGAGCAAUGUUAUGCACCGUCUCAGUCAACUUACGAAACAACUUUCCACAAUUCAAAAUGGCUGAACUUCCCCGUGCUCGUUUCCAGACGAAGCCCUGCCCAACAUGGAGACCCCGCGCAAGCCGGCGAGCGGUAGGAAGGUCCUGGACAUUGAGGUGUACUCCAGCCGCUCCAAAGUCUAUGUGGCAGUGGACGGCACCACUGUGAGUACCUGUACGCAUUUCACUAUUAGGCUACCCUUUUCACAGUACUGAGCCAAACCAAGCUGAGCCAAGCCAAGCUGAACUGUGCUGGCCUAGGUAUGCAUCGUCCAUAGUUGCUGGAAAAGACCAUGUGUAAAAAUAAAUUAAAAAAGAUCUGAGCCAGCACGGUCUGGCUCAGGGUGCAGUCUGGCUCUAGUGUGAGUCUGGCUUAUCAUUGUUGAUUUCAUAGUGUGAUUAUGAUGUAACUGUUGAUAUUUUAAAAGGUGCUUGUGUUGUCUGUGUCCCUCUCCAGGUGUUAGAGGAUGAAAUGCGGGAACAGGGCCGAGGCAUUCACGUGAUAGUCCUCAACCAGGCUACCGUAAGUAAGCAUGUGUGACUCUUCACCUAGAGACACACUGAAACUACUGUGGUGUUUUUUUUCUCUGCACUUGUGAGCAGUUUCAAUUUAGCCUUUGUUUUUCAAGCAUUCAUGAACCGCAAGAUGUCGAUAACAUAGUGAGAUGAUACUGCUAGUCUUGGUAGUAGGCAAUUCCAUGGUAACAGAGUGAUACUGAGACUCAGAUUUUUCACUUUAAAUUGUCAAACAAAAACCAAUCAUUGCAAAGUUAAACAAAACACACAACUGUAUGCACAAGGACUACUUUGAACAAUUUCCACACAUUUUGCUGAAACACAUUGACUUGAACAGUUCAGAUGCAACGUUUGUUAAGAGAAUGGUUUGGCCUGUUUAUGCCGUCAUUCUCUUACCAAACUUAGCAUCUGCACUGUUCUCCAAGUUUUUGUAAAAUGUUCAGUGGAAAUUGUUAAAAGUAGUCCUUGUGCAUGGAGUUGUAUGGUUUGUUUAACUUUGCAGUCAUUGUUACUGUGGACUUGCCCUAUUGCUAAACCAACCUCUCCUCUCAAGACAAGGUCUAUUUGUAGGUCUGCAGCAUAAGUGUCACUUGUGUGUGUCUGCAGGGCCAUGUGAUGGCCAAGAGGAUAUUUGACACCUACUCUCCCCAUGAGGACGAAGCCAUGAUCCUCUUCCUCAACAUGGUGACACGUGGCAGAGUCCUCAUCUUCACCAUCAAGGUCAGUCACUAACUCAGUCACUAACUCCCUUCCAGUUUUGUAUAUAUACUAAACUCAGCAAAAAAAUUAACGUCCUCUCGCUGUCAACUGGGUUUAUUUUGUAUGAACAUAGCAAGAUUCAACAACUGAGACAUAAACUGAACAAGUUCCACAGACGUGACUAAUAGAAAUUGAAUAAUGUGUCCCUGAACAAAGGGGGGGUCAAAAUCAAAAGUAACAGUCAGUAUCUGGUGUGGCCACCAGCUGCAUAAAGUACUGCAGUGCAUGUCCUCCUCAUGGACUACACCAGAUUUGCCAGUUCUUGCUGUGAGAUGUUACCCCACUCUUCCACCAAGGCACCUGCAAGUUCCCGGACAUUUCUGGGGGGAAUGGCCCUAGCCCUCAGAUCUAACUGAUCCCAGACGUGCUCAAUGGGAUUGAGAUCCGGUCUCUUCGCUGGCCAUGGCAGAACACUGACAUUCCUGUCUUGCAGGAAAUCACGCACAGAACGAGCAGUAUGGCUGGUGGCAUUGUCAUGCUGGAGGGUCGUGUCAGGAUGAGCUUGCAGGAAGGGUACCACAUGAGGGAGGAGGAUGUCUUCCCUGUAAAGCACAGCGUUGAGAUUGCCUGCAAUGACAACAAGCUCAAUCCGAUGAUGCUGUGACACACCGCCCCAGACCAUGACGGACCCUCCACCUCCAAAUCGAUCCCGCUCCAGAGUACAGGCCUCGGUGUAACGCUCAUUCAUUUACAUUUACAUUUUAGUCAUUUAGCAGACGCUCUUAUCCAGAGCGACUUACAGGAGCAAUUAGGGUUAAGUGCCUUGCUUAAGGGCACAUCGACAGAUUUUUCACCUAGUCGGCUCGGGGAUUAGAACCAGCGACCUUUCGGUUACUGGCACAACGCUCUUACCCACUACGCUACCUUCAACGAUAAACGCGAAUCCGACCAUCACCCCUGGUGAGACAAAACCGCUACUCGUCAGUGAAGAGCACUUUUUGCCAGUCCUGUCUGGUCCAGCGACGGUGGGUUUGUGCCCAUAGGCAACGAUGUUGCCGGUGAUGUCUGGUGAGGACCUGCCUUACAACAGGCCUACAAGCCCUCAGUCCAGCCUCUCUCAGCCUAUUGCGUACAGUCUGAGUACUGAUGGAGGGAUUGUGCGUUCCUGGUGUAACUAGGGCAGUUGUUGUUGCCAUCCUGUACCUGUCUCACAGGUGUGCUGUUCGGAUGUACCGAUCCUGUGCAGGUGCUGUUACACGUGGUCUGCCACUGCGAGGACGAUCAGCUGUCCGUCCUGUCUCGCUGUAGCGCCUCUUAGGCGUCUCACAGUACGGACAUUGCAAUUUAUUGCCCUGGCCACAUCUGCAGUCCUCAUGCCUCCUUGCAGCAUGCCUAAGGCACAUUCACGCAGAUGAGCAGGGACCCUGGGCAUCUUUCUUUUGGUGUUUUUCAGAGUCAGUAGAAAGGCCUCUUUAGUGUCCUAAGUUUUCAUAACUGUGACCUUAAUUGCCUACCGUCUGUAAGCUGUUAGUGUCUUAGCGACCGUUCCACAGGUGCAUGUUCAUUAAUUGUUUAUGGUUAAUUGAACAAGCAUGGGAAACAGUGUUUAAACCCUUUACAAUGAAGAUCUGUGAAGUUAUUUGGAAUUUUACAAAUUAUCUUUGAAAGACAGGGUCCAGAAAAAGGGACGUUUCUUAUUUUUUUGCUGAGUUUAUAAGCUAGUUCUUGAUGCACUAGUAGUGACUUGCAUCACAGCUAUUGUAUUUGCAUGCAAUGAACUUGAUGAGCUAAAUGGGCUAAUGUAGAGUAAGGCUAAUCAUUUAGCCUGAUGAUGCAGUGUUUUGUGUCUGUCUGUUUGUGUUGUGGUGUUUACGUUUAGGAUGAGGGUACGUUCCACCUGAAAGAGUCUGCUAAAAACCUGCUGAAGGGGCUGGGGAGCCAGGCUGGCCUCAACCUCAGCUGGAGAGACAUGUGGACCUUGGUGGUGAAGAAAGGAGGUACAGGAACAGUCACACACACACACACGCUGAGAUCCAUUUUCACACAAAUUACAUAGUUUCUGCUAGGGGUGUGAACGUUUAAAUGUUAAAAUCUUUCAAUGCAAUUGGGAUCUAACUAAAUUGGGAUCUAAGAAAGAUCCCUAACCAAAAUAGUUGUUUUUCCCCCCACAGAAUUUUAAUCACAGUGCAGUUAUCACAAAACCGAACCGUGUUAUAGCUAUAAAGGCCUGGGGAAAGUAGUGUCAUUUACAUAAAAAAAGAGAGGAAGUCAAACUUUAGGCUACUUCGGUGAAUUUGCGAGGCGUACAAGACAUUGCAAGGUACAGAUGAAGACAUUCUUUCUGCCUGACCCCUCCUCUCUCUCCCUUGCGCUGGCUCGCCUGCUCUUACUCUUCGCUAAUGAUGUGAGUGUGUGUUCAGUCUUCGGUCUGCUGCGUGUAGAAUAUCCUAGCCUAUUCAUUGAUGAUAGGCCCUGCUUUACUGAAGUUGUGCGACAUUGCAAGCUAAGAAAUUGCGACAUAUUGCAUUGCGAGAUACAGCUUUUUAAAUUUUUUUAUUGAAGAUAGGCCUAGUGCACGGUUCAGACUGUCUGCCUGGUGGCCGACCUGCCUAUACUGUGCCCCUCCCCUCUCUCUCCAUCCUUCGCUAGCUCGCUAUGAAAGAUGUAAGUGUUUGAUUAAUUGCCGUACUUCCGAGAACACAAUCUCCCCCGUUCCAAAAAUACUGAAUCUUAGGACUCAAUUCCUUGCGGAAUCGAAUCUUGAUAUUCAGAAAUGGGAGUCGACACUGGGAGUAUCGACUCUCCACUGCUACGUAAUCAUCUUAUUAAGUUGGAAAAAUGCCAGAGAAAGGCAAGCGACCGCAGCGAAGUCCUGUAUGGCAAUACUUCGAGAAAUAAAAUGAGAAGGAAAUGCAAACUUUGCGAGGUGGAAUUGAGGUACAGUAAUGGUAGUACAGGUGCAAUGCUUAACCAUCUGAAAGGGACGCACUUUGAGACCCAAACUGUUGCUGGCAGCAGUGUAGCUGCAUUGUGAAUUCACGUGAAAUUGUUAUUAUCGUUUUAACAUCGUUUUUUCCAUUUGCGUGUCAUGCGAUGUAGGUGUGUUGAUGAUGAGUUGCUUGGUAUAUGUGUGUGUUUUCAGGUCAGUUGUAUGGUGAGAAACACUCCAAGUCCCCAGCCCUGUCCACCUGGGGAGACCCUGUUCUACUGAAGACUGAGGUGCAGCUCACUGCUUCUGAAGGUACCUACCUAGCCUCCCAUUCCCUCCUCACCUUGCUCCAUGCUCAACAAUGACCAAUCUUCCUUUAUAUGCAGCUAUUAAGAGAGAAAUUACCUCAAAUAUACAGUCGCUAGUGAAAGUCUACACAUCCCUUGUACAGUCUUCACAUUUUGCUGCCUUAAAAAUAUAUCCUAAAAGGGAUUACAUUAAAAAAAAAUUAUACUCAUCUUUACAACCUACUCCACACUUUCAAAGGAAAAAAAAAAAAAAAAAACAUUUUCCAUAUGAAUAAAAAAUUAAGAUGUAUUGAUUGCAUAUGUCUUCUCACCCAUAGUUAAUAAUUGGUGGAUGCAUCUUUAAAAACGGGAUAAUUUUGAAUAAGAUUCCUCCGACAUUGCACAACUCUUAGGGCAAUAUAUAGCAAUUGUUUUUGUCAAAAUGACUGAAGCUCAGUAAAUUUGGUUUGGAAUCUUUGAUGGACAGCAAUAUUAAAAACAUGUCUCAAAUUUUUAAGCAUAUUUAAGUCAGGACUGAGACUGGACCAUUCAGGAACAUCUCACCAGCUCUUGGAAAGCCAUUCUGGUCUGUCUUUGGAAAGAAAAUGUGUGUAAUUGUCCCGCUGAAAAAUAAAACUAUUCCAGGGUUAGGUUUUCAAAUCAAAUUGUAUUUGUAAAAUGCUUGGUAAACAACAGGUGUAGACUAACAGUGAAAUGCUUAGUUACGGGCCCUUCCCAACAAUGCAGAGAAAAAUAGAAAAAUAAUAACACAACAAAUAAUUAUACAAUGAGUAACGAUAACCUGGCUGUAUACAUGGUGUACCAGUACUGAGUCGAUGUCCAUGGGUACGAAGUAAUUGAGGUACAGUAGUAUUCGCACCCCUUGGCUUGUUCCUAAUUUUGUUGUUACAAAGUGGGAUUAAAAUUGAUUUAAUUGUAAUUUUAUGUCAACGAUCUACACAAAAUACUCUGUAAAAGUGGAAGAAAAAUUCUAACAUGAAAAAAAGUACAAAAUACAACAUACAGUGCCUUCGGAGAGUAUUUAGACCCCUUGACUUUUUCCCACAUUUUGUUAGGUUAUAGCCUUAUUCUAAAAUUAAUUAAAUAGAUUUUCCCCCCCUCAAUCUACUCACAAUACCCCAUAAUGUCAAAGCAAAAACAGGUUUUUUAGAAAUGUUUGCAAAUGUAUUACAAAUAAUAAACAGAUCACACUUACAUAAGUAUUCAGACCCUUUACUCAGGACUUUGUUGAAGCAACUUUGGCAGCAAUUACAGCCUGGAGUCUUUUUGUGUAUGACGCUACAAGCUUGGCACACCUGUAUUUCAGUGGAACUCUAGAGCUCUGUCAGAGUGACCAUCGGGUUCUUGGUCACAUCCCUGACCAAGGCCCUUCUCCCCCGAUUGCUCAGUUUGGCCGGGCGGCCAGCUCUAGGGAGAGUCUUGGUUGUUCCAAACUUCUUCCAUUGAAGAAUGAUGGAGGCCACUGUGUUCUCAGGGACCUUCAAUGCUGCAGAAAUUUUUUGGUACCCUUCCCCAGAUCUGUUUCUCGACAGAAUCCUGUCUCGGAGCUCUACGGACAAUUCAUUCGACCUCAUGGCUUGGAUGCUGCCACCACAAUACUUGAAAAUACAGAUGGUUUCAUUCUGUUGUGUUAUAUUGGAUUUGACUUCUUCAAAGUAGCCACCCUUUGCCUCGAUGACAGCUUUGCAUACUUGGCAUUCUCUCAACCAGUUUCACCUGGAAUGCUUUUCCAACAGUCUUGAAGGAGUUCCCAAAUGCUGAGCACUUGUUGGCUGCUUUUCCUUCACUCUGCAUUCCAACUCAUGAUAGUCAUUUUGAAGUCUCGCUCCCUCUCUCCUGAGUGUACUAAACAUAAAGAACACCUUCCUAAUAUUGAGUUGCGCUCCAACCCUAAUCUAGCACACCUGAUUCUAAUAAUUAGCAGGUUGAUAAGAUGAAUCAGGUUAGUAACACGUGGGGUUGGAGCGAAAACCUACAGGAGGGUAGCUCUCCAGGAAAAGGGUUGGGCAACCCUGAUCUACACUGAUUGAAGUGGAUUUAACAAGUGACAUCAAUAAGACGGUUAAGUGUACCUUGAAUUCUAAAUAAAUCACAGAGAGUAUCACCAGCAAAGCACCCCCACACCAUAACACCACCUCCUCCAUGCUUUCGGUGGGAUCUACACAUGCGGACAUCAUCCGUUCACCCACACCGCGUCUCACAAAGAUAUGGCGGUUGGAACAAAAAAUAUUACAUUUCGACUCCAGACCAAAGGACAAAUUUCCACCGGUCUAAUGUCCAUUGCCCGUGUUUCUUGGCCCAAGCAGAUCUCCUCUUCUUACUGCUGUCCUUAAGUAGUGGUUUAUUCGCAGCAAUUCGACCAUGAAGGCCUGAUUCACAAAGCCCCCUCUGAAUAGUUGAUGUUGAGAUGUGUCUGACUUGAGCUCUGUGAAGCAUUUAUUUGGGCUGCAAUUUCUGAGGCUGGUAACUCUAAUGAACUUAUCCUCUGCAGCAGAGGUAACUCUGGGUCUUGCUUUCCUGUGGCGGUCCUCAUGAGAGCCAGUUUCAUCAUAGCGCUCGAUAGUUUUUGCAACUGCACUUGAAGAAACUUUCAAAGUUCUUUACAUUUUCCGUAUUGACUGACCUUCAUGUCUUAAAGUAAUGAUGGACUGUCGUUUCUUUUUUGCUUAUUUGAGCUGUUCUUGCCAUAAUAUGGACUUGGUCUUUUACCAAAUAGGGCUAGCUUAUGUAUACCACCCCUACCUUGUCACAGCACAACUGAUUGGCUCAAACGCAUUAAGAAGGAAAGAAAUUCCACAAAUUAACUUUUAAGAAGGCACACCAGUUAAUUGAAAUGCAUUCCAGGUGACUUCCUCAUGAAGCUUGUUGAGAAAAUGCCAAGAGUGUAAAGCUGUCAUCAAGGCAAAGGGUGGCUACUUUGAAGAAUCUCAAAUAUAAAAUAUAUUUUGAUUUGUUUAACACUUUAUUUUGGUUACUACAUGAUUCCAUAUGUGUUAUUUCAUAGUUUUGUAGAAAAUAGUAAAAAUAAAGAAAAACCCUUGAAUGAGUAAGUGUAUUCUGACUGGUAUUGUAUGUUUCCCUAAGAGUUGUGCAAGGUUGGUAGAGUCUUAUUCAAAAUGAUUUACAGCUGUAAUGGCUGCCAAAAGUGCUUCCACCAAGUAUUAUCUUGGGUUUGAAGACAUGCAAUCAAUACAUCUUCAUUUUUUAUGAAGAUGAAUUUUGCAUUUUACUUUGAAAGUGUGGAGUAGGUUGUGUAGAUUAAAAAAAAAAAAAAAACAUUAAUUUAAGAUUUCAUUUUGAGGCAGCAAAAUGUGAAGGCUGCAAGGUGUGUGCAUACUUUCCCUAUGCGUUGUAAGGUGGUUUUAUGUUCCUGCACCAUGUCAACCACCAUCUGAACUUUUAUACUGAAUGCCACACCCGAAGUUCCCUUGUGGGAAAUAAAAAAUGAUAUGUUUCAGUUCAAUGUAAUUGGGUACCAUUCUCCUCCCUCUCCCCGUGCAGAUGCAGAGUGCCAUUGGGCCGACACAGAGCUGAACAGGAGGAGGAAACUCUUCUGUAGUAAGGUGGAGGGCUAUGGCAGCAUCUGUAGCUGCAAGGACCCGGCCCCCAUAGAGUUCAACCCAGACCCAGUAAGGCCCACGUCCCAAAUGGCACCCUAUUCCCUAUUUAGUGCACUACUUUUUAUAAGGGCCCAUCUGGAUGAUUGAACACAAGCUGUCCCCCCUCCCCCUCUUUUUCUAGCUCCCCAACAACAAUGUGUUCAGUGUUCCUGUGGCUGUCAUCGCUGGGAACAGACCUAACUAUCUGUACAGGUAUGACUGGGAUUCUGAGGUGAAGGGAAUGACUCUGAAAGUAGCAUUCAGACCAGAAACAUUGUUUUGAUCUUACAAAUCAAUGCUGGUUUUCUGAGGCCAAAUAGCAAACACAAAUCUAAUCAGGCAACCAUUGCCUGAUGUCCUAUCAUUAUUACGACCAGCUCUUCUCUAUGUUAGGAUGCUGAGGUCUCUGCUCUCGGCCCAGGGGGUCAACCCACAGAUGGUCACAGUCUUCAUCGAUGGAUACUAUGAGGUACUGAGUUUCUUCUCUUUAUUAUGUUCUCCCUCUUCCUCUUCUCAACUAUAUAGCAUUUCAUUUCUUGCGCUUAAAGUUGUGUGUGCGUACAGGAGCCCAUGGAUGUGGUGGAGCUGUUUGGACUGAAGGGGGUUCAACACACUCCCAUCAGCAUCAAGAAUGCCAGAGUAUCACAGGUGAGAUGUCCGUCAGCCAACUCACUCAUCACACUCAGAGCAGCCUCCAUCACAGACCAGCUGAAACGGUGUCAGUCGUACAGUCAUUAGUCAACUAGAAAUCACUUAUUUUGUCUACUUAUUUUGUCAAACACCAACCAAUGAGACAAAGGCAAUGUUGUGUUGUAAUGCACACACAGUGUUUUGGCAUCAAUCACCCACUCACUACCACCUCUAUACAUAUGUCUGCUCUCUCCUCUCAGCAUUACAAAGCCAGUCUCACUGCAACCUUCAACCUACACCCAGUGAGUACUUUCACAACUUUUAAGAUAUGAAGCCAAACCUUUCUGUCCACCACAUCCAGAUCAGUUAUUAUGGUGUGGUUGUGGUUGCUUUGUGCCAUUGUGGUUGUUAUGUGGUUGAUUUGUGUUUGAUUUGCAGGAUGCCAACUUUGCCGUAGUCCUGGAGGAAGACCUGGAUAUCUCCAUAGAUUUCUUCAGGUAAGAUCUCUAUAGUUUUAGAUUGAUGGAAGUUUUAACUAUACAAUGUAUAGAGAGAGAGUGUGUGUGUGUGUGUGUGUGUGUAUGUGCGCACACUGAACAAAAAUAAAAACGCAACAUGCAACAAUUUCAAAGAUUUUCAGUUCAUAUAAGGAAAUCAGUGAAUUGAAAUACAUUCAAUAGGCCCAAAUCUAUGGAUUUCACAUGACUGGGAAUACAGAUAUGCAUCUGUUGGUCACAGAUACCUUAAAAACAAAAGUAAGAGCGUUGAUCAGAAAACCUGUCAGUAUCUGGUGUGACCACCAUUUGCCUCAUAUACAGUGAGGGGAAAAAAGUAUUUGAUCCCCUGCUGAUUUUGUACGUUUGCCCACUCAGUCUAUAAUUUUAAUGGUAGGUUUAUUUGAACAGUGAGAGACAGAAUAACAACAAAAAAAUCCAGAAAAACGCAUGUCAAAAAUGUUAUAAAUUGAUUUGCAUUUUAAUGAGGGAAAUAAGUAUUUGACCCCUCUGCAAAACAUGACUUAGUACUUGGUGGCAAAACCCUUGUUGGCAAUCACAGAGGUCAGACGUUUCUUGUAGUUGGCCACCAGGUUUGCACACAUUUCAGGAGGGAUUUUGUCCCACUCCUCUUUGCAGAUCUUCUCCAAGUCAUUAAGGUUUUGAGGCUGACAUUUGGCAACUCGAACCUUCAGCUCCCUCCACAGAAUUUCUAUGGGAUUAAGGUCUGGAGACUGGCUAAGCCACUCCAGGACCUUAAUGUGCUUCUUCUUGAGCCACUCCUUUGUUGCCUUGGCCGUGUGUUUUGGGUCAUUGUCAUGCUGGAAUACACAUCCACGACCCAUUUUCAAUGCCCUGGCUGAGGGAAGGAGGUUCUCACCCAAGAUUUGACGGUACAUGACCCGUCCAUCGUCCCUUUGAUGCGGUGAAGUUGUCCUGUCCCCUUAGCAGAAAAACACCCCCAAAGCAUAAUGUUUCCACCUCCAUGUUUGACAGUGGGGAUGGUGUUCUUGGGGUCAUAGGCAGCAUUCCUCCUCCUCCAAACACGGCGAGUUGAGUUGAUGCCAAAGAGCUCGAUUUUGGUCUCAUCUGACCACAACACUUUCACCAAGUUCUCCUUUGAUUCUUUCAGAUGUUCAUUGGCAAACUUCAGACGGGCCUGUAUGUGUGCUUUCUUGAGCAGGGGGACCUUGCGGGCGCUGCAGGAUUUCAGUCCUUCACGGCGUAGUGUGUUACCAAUUGUUUUCUUGGUGACUAGGGUCCCAGCUGCCUUGAGAUCAUUGACAAGAUCCUCCCGUGUAGUUCUGGGCUGAUUCCUCACCGUUCUCAUGAUCAUUGCAACUCCACGAGGUGAGAUCUUGCAUGGAGCCCCAGGCCGAGGGAGAAGGGACCUACAAUCUUGUCCCUGACAUCCUUGGAGAGCUCUUUGGUCUUGGCCAUGGUGGAGAGUUUGGAAUCUGAUUGAUUGCUUCUGUGGACAGGUUUCUUUUAUACAGGUAACAAACUGAGAUUAGGAGCACUCCCUUUAAGAGUGUGCUCCCAAUCUCAGCUCGUUACCUGUAUAAAAGACAACUGGGAGCCAGAAUUCAUACCCUUUGCUAUGAGACUUGAAAUUGAGCUCCGGUCCAUCGUGUUUCCAUUGAUCAUCCUUGAUAUGUUUCUACAACUUGAUUGGAGUCCACCUGGGGUAAAUUCAAUUAAUUGGACAUGAUUUGGAAAGGUACACAUCUGUCUAUAUAAGGUCCCACAGUUGACAGUGCAUGUCAGAUCAAAAACCAAGCAAUGAUGUCGAAGGAAUUGUCCGUAGAGCUCCGUGACAGGAUUGUGUCGAGGCACAGAUCUGGGGAAGGGUACCAAAACCUUUCUGCAGCAUUGAAGUUCCCCUAGAACACAGUGCCUUCCAUCAUUCUUAAAUGGAAGAAGUUAGGAACCACCAAGACUCUUCCAAUAGCUGGCCCCCAGCCAAACGGAGCAAUCGUGGGAGAAGGGCCUUGGUCAGGGAGGUGAGCAAGAACCCAGUGGUCACUCUGACAGAGCCCCAGAGUUUCUCUGUGGAGAUGGGAGAACCUUCCAGAAGGACAACCAUCUCUGCAGCACUUCACCAAUCAGGCCUUUAUGGUAGAGUGGCCAGAUGGAAGCCACUCCUCAGUACAAGGCACAUUACAUUCCUUUUGGAGUUUGCCAAAAGGCACCUAAAGGACUCUCAGACCAUGAUAAACAAGAUUCUCUGGUCUGAUGAAACCAACAUUGAACUAUUUGGCCUGAAUGCCAAGUGUCAUGUCUGGAGGAAACCUGGCACUAUCCCUACGGUGAAGCAUGGUGGUGGCAUCAUACUGUGGGGAUGUUUUUCAGCGGUAGGAACUGGGAGACUAGUCAGUACAAGGGAAAGAUGAAUGGAGCAAAGUAUAGAGAGAUCCUUGAUGAAAGCCUGCUCCACACAGGACCUCAGAUUAGGGUGAAGGUUCACCUUCCAACAGGACAACGACCCUAAGCACACAGCCACGACAACGCAGGAAUGGCUUCAGGACAAGUCUCAAUGUCCUUGAGUGGCCCAGCCAGAGCCCGGACUUGAACCCGAUGGAACAUCUCUGGAGAGACCUGAAAAUAGCUGUGCAGCGACGCUCCCAAUCCAACCUGACAGAGCUUGAGAGGAUCCGCAGAGAAGAAUGGGUUAAACUCCCCCAAUACAGGUGUGCGAUGCUUGUAGCGUCAUACCCAAGAAGACUCGAGGCUGUAAUAGCUGCCCAAGGUGCUUCAACAAAGUACUGAGUAAAGGGUCUGAAUACUUGUUUUUGCUUUGUCAUUAUGGGGUAUUGUGUGUAGAUUUAGGGGGGGACAAAAACAAUUUUAAUCAAGUUUUGAAUAGUCUGAAUAAUUUCCGAAUGCGCUGUACAUACACUACCAGUCAAAAGUUUGGACACACCUACUCAUUCAAUGGUUUUUCUUUAUUUUUACUAUUUUUUACAUUGUAGAAUAAUAGUGAAGACAUCGUAGUAACCAAAAAAGUGUUAAACAAAUCAAAAUAUGUUUUAUGUUUGAGAUUCUUCAAAUAGCCACCCUUUGCCUUGAUGACAGCUUUGUACACUCUUGGCAUUCUCUCAACCAGCUUCAUGAGGAAGUCACCAAUUUCAAUUAACAGGUGUGCAUUCUUAAAAGUUAAUUUGUGGAAUCUCUUUCCUUCUUAAUGCGUUUGAGCCAAUCAGUUGUGUUGUGACAAGGUAGGGAGGGAUAUACAGAAGAUAGCCCUAUUUGGUAAAAGACCAAGUCCAUAUUAUGGCAAGAACAGCUCAAAUAAGCAAAGAGAAACAACAGUCCAUCAUUACUUUAAGACAUGAAGGUCAGUCAAUACGGAAAAUGUCAAGAACUUUGAAUGUGGAACGGGGAGUAAGUAAGGAACUUGUCUGUCGGCCUUGCAUUAAAGAACAUAUUUGGUUAAAGAAAACUGUGAUAAAUAAAAAAGUAUACCAGUUUCAUUUAAGGACCAAAGGAUUGACAGCCAUCCCAUAUAGAUUGCAAAAUAGUUGGGAAGAGAUUUUUGACCUACCGAUCCCAUUGCAUAGUGUUUAUGAACUGAUACACAAAACGACACCGGAUUCAAAACUUAGAAUCUUUCAAUUUUAAAUUAUUAUAUAAAAUUCUUGCUACCAAUAGAAUGUUAUUUAUAUGGGAAAUACAAUCUUCCCAGCUCUGCAGAUUUUGCUGCGAAGAGAUAGAAUCAUUAGAUCAUUUGUUUUGGUACUGUCCAUUUGUAGCUUGUUUUUGGACACAGGUCCCAGAUUGCAAUAUUUACCUGGAGCUAACCUUGCAGGUAGCAUUACUGGGUGAUGUGAAAAUUCAUAGUCAAUCGAUCAAUAAUAUAAUAAUACUUUUAGCAAAAAUGUUCAUUUUCAAUUUACAAUCUGUAGAAACAAUGAGAAUAGAAAGGUUCAGAACUUUUGUAAAACAUCACAGUACAGUUGAAAAAUUAUAUGGCAAAUAUAAAUCCUAUAUGGAUGGUGUUAAGAGAUAGAUGGGUGAUGUUGAAGGAUUGGACUAAUAACAAGAUAACUAAUAAUGUAUGCAUAAUGUGUCCAUAAUAAGUAUAUAGGUUAUAGGUUGGGAGCUUUUGUGAAAGAGCACAGUUAGAAAGAUAUGGCAUAUAGAAGCAAACCGGAUGGACAUCAUGAAAAUGAUCGGAGAUGUUGAGAAUAGAAGUGUGUGUGUGUAUACACACACACACACACACACACACACACACACACACACACACACACACACACACAGUGGGGAGAACAAGUAUUUGAUACACUGCCGAUUUUGCAGGUUCUCCUACUUACAAAGCAUGUAGAGGUAUAUAAUUUUUAUCAUAGGUACACUUCAACUGUGAGAGACGGAAUCUAAAACAAAAAUCCAGAAAAUCACAUUGUAUGAUUUUUAAGUAAUUAAUUAGCAUUUUAUUGCAUGACAUAAGUAUUUGAUACAUCAGAAAAGCAGAACUUAAUAUUUGGUACAGAAACCUUUGUUUGCAAUUACAGAGAUCAUACGUUUCCUGUAGGUCUUGACCAGGUUUGCACACAUUGCAGCAGGUAUUUUGGCCCACUCCUCCAUACAGACCUUCUCCAGAUCCUUCAGGUUUCGGGGCUGUCACUGGGCAAUACGGAUUUUCAGCUCCCUCCAAAGAUUUUCUAUUGGGUUCAGGUCUGGAGACUGGCUAGGCCACUCCAGGACUUUGAGAUGCUUCUUACGGAGCCACUCCUUAGUUGCCCUGGCUGUGUGUUUUGGGUCGUUGUCAUGCUGGAAGACCCAGCCACGACCCAUCUUCAAUGCUCUUACUGAGGGAAGGAGGUUGUUGGCCAAGAUCUCACGAUACAUGGCCCCAUCCAUCCUCCCCUCAAUACGGUGCAGUUGUCCUAUCCCCUUUGCAGAAAAGCAUCCCCAAAGAAUGAUGUUUCCACCUCCAUGCUUCAUGGUUGGGAUGGUGUUCUUGGGUUGUACUCAUCCUUCUUCUUCCUCCAAACACGGCGAGUGGAGUUUAGACCAAAAAGCUCUAUUUUUGUCUCAUCAGACCACAUGACCUUCUCCCAUUCCUCCUCUGGGUCAUCCAGAUGGUCAUUGGCAAACUUCAGACGGGCCUGGACAUGCGCUGGCUUGAGCAGGGGGUCCUUGCGUGUGCUGCAGGAUUUUAAUCCAUGACUGCGUAGUGUGUUACUAAUGGUUUUCUUUGAGACUGUGGUCCCAGCUCUCUUCAGGUCAUUGACCAGGUCCUGCCGUGUAGUUCUGGGCUGAUCCCUCACCUUCCUCAUGAUCAUUGAUGCCCCAUAAGAUGAAAUCUUGCAUUGAGCUCCAGACCGAGGGUGAUUGACCGUCAUCUUGAACUUCUUCCAUUUUCUAAUAAUUGCGCCAACAGUUGUUACCUUCUCACCAAGCUGCUUGCCUAUUGUCCUGUAGCCCAUCCCAGCCUUGCAGGUCUACAAUUUUAUCCCUGAUGUCCUUACACAACUCUCUGGUCUUGGCCAUUGUGGAGAGGUUGGAGUCUGUUUGAUUGAGUGUGUGGACAGGUGUCUUUUAUACAGGUAACGAGUUCAAACAGGUGCAGUUAAUACAGGUAAUGAGUGGAGAACAGGAGGGUUUCUUAAAGAAAAACUAACAGGUCUGUGAGAGCCGGAAUUCUUACUGGUUGGUAGGUGAUCAAAUACUUAUGUCAUGCAAUAAAAUGCAAAUUCAUUACUUAAAAAUCAUACAAUGUGAUAGAUUCUGUCUCUCACAGUUGAAGUGUACCUAUGAUAAAAAUUACAGACGUCUACAUGCUUUGUAAGUUGGAAAACCUGCAAAAUCUGCAGUGUAUCAAAUACUUGUUCUCCCCACUGUGUGUGUGUGUGUAUAUAUAUAUAUAUCUUCUGGGGGAUUGGAAGUGAUGCAGGCAAUUACAUUGAUGUAAGUUACAAUCUAUCUGCAAUAUUAAGCUGAUCUACCAAAAAAAAGGAAGAAAAAAAAGAACUUUGAAUGUUUCUUGAAGUGCAGUCUCAAAAGCUUUAUGAUGAAACUGGCUCUCAUGAGGACCACCACAGGAAUGGAAGACCCAGAGUUACCUCUGCUGCAGAGGAUAAGUUCAUUAGAGUUACCAGCCUCAGAAAUUGCAGCCCAAAUAAAUGCUUCACAGAGUUCAAGUAACAGACACAUUUCAACAUCAACUGUACAAAGGGACUGUGUGAAUCAGGCCUUCAUGGUCGAAUUGCUGCAAAGAAACCACUACUUAAGGACAGCAGUAAGAGGAGGAGACCUGCUUGGGCCAAGAAACACGUGCAAUGGACAUUAGACCGGUGGAAAUUUGUCCUUUGGUCUGGAGUCGAAAUUUAAUAUUUUUUGUUCCAACCACCGUAUCUUUGUGUGGGUGAACAGAUGAUGUCCGCAUGUGUAGUUCCCACCGAAAGCAUGGAGGAGGUGGUGUUAUGGUGUGGGGGAGCUUUGCUGGUGAUACCGUCUGUGAUUUAUUUAGAAUUCAAGGUACACUUAACCGUCUUAUUGAUGUCACUUGUUAAAUCCACUUUAAUCAGUGUAGAUCAGGGUUGCCCAACCCUUUUCCUGGAGAGCUAUCCUCCUGUAGGUUUUCGCUCCAACCCCACGCGUUACUAACCUGAUUCAUCUUAUCAACCUGCUAAUUAUUAGAAUCAGGUGUGCUAGAUUAGGGUUGGAGCGCAACUCAAUAUUAGGAAGGUGUUCUUAAUGUUUAGUACACUCAGGAGAGAGGGAGCGAGACUUCAAAAUGACUAUCUGUGUGUCUACAAUCUCAGUUCAAAGAUAAUUGGAAGGUUGUCAGUGUGUUGAAUAUAGCAGAGUGUGUACUUUAGAAUUAAUAUUACCAUUAAUGACCAAUAGGGGGCAGUAGAUCCACAUGCUUCCUACUUUACUAAAUCUCACUGGGACACUGUCUCCUUUGUGUGCCCCAAGCCUUAAAUGUAUUUACUGUUGAACAUGUGCUACUACUCCAGCUUUGCGAUCUGUCCUCCGUUAACUAAUGUCUAAUGGCUUAGAAACAUUUGGUGUAUUGGGCCAACUGAAUUCAAUGCUUGUUUACCCUCGCAAACAUGCUUUUUGAAAGAACUGGUAGAGAUAGUUUAACUGUCACAUACGGGAAUGGAAUGUAUUUGUGGUAGGGAAUCAUAGACUUGGAUUGAUUUGAACUUUGUUGAUCCCCAGUAUGAAAUGAAGAUAAUCAUGCUGUUGUGGUGGUGACCAUUGUCUUAUGUCAGAUUGUGUCAUUCCUACGUGACUCUUGUCCCUCAACCGAUGUGACAGAUCAGUGCAGGCGGAAUCGACACGCUAUCUGACAUAAGACAAUGGUUGGUGACAUGUUCUGGUUGUUGUUCCUGUCCAGUUUCCUGAGCCAGACCGUCCAUCUGCUCAACGAGGACGACAGCCUGUACUGCAUCUCAGCCUGGAACGACCAGGUCAGUGUCCUCUUCCUCUCGACUCUUUCCACCCUUAAUGUUUUCCUUUCGUUGCUGUAGCUCAGUUGGUAGAGCAUGGCACUUGCAGCGCCAGGAUAGUGGGUUCGAUUCCCUUGGACUACCAUAUGUAAAAUGUAUGCAUGCAUGCCAUUUGGGGGCCCUAAGUGAGAUUUGGUUAGGGGGCCCCCCACCUCACGGCAAAACAUUUUAGUGGCCCUUCUUGAUGACAGAGAGAGAAAUGUUUGUUUUAAAGUUAAUUUCCUGCAAUUCUACACAUUUUGCCAUAUGGCAAUGUAGCAAUUUUAUAAAACAUUUUAUGCAAUUCUACACAUUUUGCCAUGGGGCAGAGAGAGAAAAUUUGCUGUUUUAAAUGCCCUUAGCUUACCAAUGAUGUUGCACAACGAUUUAAGUCAAUAAGUCAUCAUCUUAGUCAAAGGAUGAUAUACUGUAUUUGGGGUUGAAUUGGGAAAUCCGAAGCGGUAACUUCGGAUAUUUUCCAUGCCAAUGCCGUGUAUGAUAUGACGUGCUAAUACUUUUUUCAGUCUACUUUUCUUUUCAGGGCUGGGUUUUAUUUGAAUGUUACAACCCACCAGCAUGGCAUUGUUUAUUAAUCAGAAACACCUGAAAAGUUAUUCCUCUUCGUGACUGAGCAGAGCAAUAUAAUGGAUAAGGUUUGGCUGAGCCGAACAGCUUUUCCCAUAGCCUAGACUUGGCCGCCUGAGAUAUGGAGCAGAUUAAAAUAGGGGGUGCAAACUUAAGUUUUUGCACCUCCAUUUUUUUUACCAGCAAAUUAUCAUAAUCCAUUGGAUAAUGUGUCAAGUUUCACUUAUUUUUAAGCUAGUCUGUAUAAAAAUAUAUAUACACUAAGUGUAGAAAAUAUUAAGAACACCUGUUCUUUCCAUGUCAUAGACUGACCAGGUACGCAACUCAAUAUUAGGAAGGUGUUCUUAAUUUUUUUGUACACUCCUUUCGUUGCUGUAGCUAAGUAUGACAAUUUUAUAAAUGGUAAAAUUGCAUGUGAUAUGAUUGCAUUUUGGAACCCCGCUCCCCCCGUCGCUCCAAGAUAAAUGGUUUUGACCACGCUCCACUGUUGUGAUUGGUGCAGCUAGAAAUCACAAGUGUUUAUCCUAUAAUGAAAAGGCUCCCACAAAAGAAAAUUCCAUGAACUUGUUUAUCUAUUUUGUACUGUUACAUUUGUAUUGGUGUUUCGAUGCGCUCAGGGUGGUGUUACAUAGAAUUUGCGGCAUGCAUCAUGAGCAAAGUCAUUGUAGCCUCAUUUCACUUCCCAUAGAAGAGAGAACAAUGGCAUGAGCACAGGCUGACUUAGCAUUGCUAUAGCGCAACUGAAUAGCCUGCCAGCAGCCUACCAAAGGUUGCACCGUGUCCAUUACAAUGUAGAAAAACGCAACUUUAGUCCAAAUCGUUCAAUAGUUCAACUAUCCAUAUUACUUUUUCUAUUUCUAUGGCGGAUUCGCGGCCGCAAUUUAUGAAACAUGCUAAAACGUUGAAUAUAACAAUAGAUGGCAAAGUCAAAGAUACUGGUUUCUCCUAUCCAUCUGGCUAACUUUUCCCUAAAUGCUUAUGACAAAUCCAGCUCCAGCACCAACCGUAGCCUAGCCAACUGGCUAAUCUUUUUAAUAUGGUGUAGCAACAGCAGAUAACGUUAUCUGGCUAAAUAAGCUGUCAGUGCCCUACUCGUUGUUAUUUAUCCACGCCAUGUGGAAAUCAACACAACGUUCCCACCCCCAAUUCGUGAAUAUGUAUUAGCAGGCUGCGUCGUUCUUCGGAGGUGGAACCUAAACGAGAAUUUACGCGAUAGGAGUUAUGUAGAAAUAGGGGCGGAAUUGCCCUCUGGUGGGGUUCUUUUUAAAGUUACAAUUAUUUUGCCAUGACUUAUGCCACUUUAAUAUGAUAUCUGAGUGAGAGUGAUUAACAAAAUCAAUGGGUGCCCCAUGGAGGACAGGGCCCCUGGGCACGUGCCCGGUCGGUAUUCGGCCAUGAUUACUACAAGUUUAGAUAGCUGGUUAGACUACCUACCAAUCAAAACAUUGACAUGGCUAAUUGAGUGAAUGACAUAAGAGAAACUGCACAUUUCGAAAUGGCACCUGGUGUGUUUGACUAUUCUUACUCUCAAUAGUAAGUUGAGACCCCGACUGAGUUCCAUAAAAAUACAUCUUUGGGGGGGAUCUGGGGGCCCUAAAGACAUCAGCAUGUUUCAGUUCGGCUGGCGCCUAGCCGAACUCGGCUAGCCCGAAACGAACGAAUGUGCUCACAUACUCCCUUAAUAGACCUUCGCUUGAAAAACAAGAAAAAAGCGGCAGUAGUACUUUGUCCAUUUUGAGAUGACGUUUCCAGUAUACACUUCCUCAAAUUAGUCAGAAUUAAUCGAAAAUAAUGUCAUUCAUUUUGACGUUUUUGAAGAGGAAAUCUUAGUCGUGCAAUUUUACAUCUAACGAAGAUGUUUGGUGCAGUAUUAUCAAUAAAAAAAUGUGUAUGAAAACGAGUCGUCUCUCAAUGAAUGACAACAAAGACUUUAUUGCAGAAUCCCUGCUGUUGGCCAAUCACUGACAAAGGGGCGUAGACUUCGGCUCCGAACUUCGGCUUGCCUCUAGAAAAAAGGUUGUGUGCCCGAACAGCCUAAAAAACCCUCACCGAAGUCCAAAACGAACAAAAACGUCACGAAAUGUCAUCAUAAUAUAUGCACAAACUGUUUCGGCUGGGAAGCAUGCGGACGCCUUGAGCCACCGCUUAUUUCGCUUUUGCCUUGAGCUGGCCCUGCACGCAUGACUGUAAGUUGCUUUGGAUAAAAGCUUCUGCGAAUUGGCAUAUAUUACUAUAUACUACUGUAAUGUGUGGAAAUGAUGUGUUUUAUGUCGUUUUUAAUAUGUUAUAUGUUAUGUUAUAAUGUUGCUAUGCAGGGUUAUGAGCACACAGCAGAGGACCCAGCUCUCCUCUACAGAGUGGAGAGUAUGCCAGGCCUGGGCUGGGUGCUGAAGAAGAGCCUCUACAAGGACGAACUGGAGCCCAAGUGGCCCACGCCUGAGAAGGUACUGGCGUGUGUGUGUGUGUGUGUGUGUGUGCGCGCGCAGUGUUUCCGAAACUGUAAUAGUUAAUAUGUUCUCUGUGUGUGAUAAUGACAAUGACGUUUGUGUGUGUCAAAUCAAAUCACAUUUUAUUUGUCACAUACACGUGUUUAGCAGAUGUUAUAGCGGGUGUAGCGAAAUGCUUGCGCUUCUAGCUCCGACAAUGCAGUAAUAUCUAACAAGUAAUAUCUGUGUGUAGCUGUGGGACUGGGACAUGUGGAUGCGUAUGCCAGAACAGAGGAAAGGCAGAGAGUGUAUCAUCCCUGACGUGUCCCGCUCCUACCACUUUGGCAUCAUCGGACUCAACAUGAACGGCUACUUCCACGUAAGGCCCUCUUCUUCACUACUAUAAUACACCCUCUAUAGCCUUCCAUCUGCUCAGGCUGGUAUACAUUUUUUAAGUGAACUUGAUGAUGAGGAUGAUGAAUUAGGAUACUGUAAGCUAUUUUCUCAGUGGGUUUUCAAUAGCUGAUUAUGAGUUUGACCUGUCUUGCAUCUGAGUGUUUCUUCCCCAUUUCUUCUCUCUAGGAAGUGUAUUUCAAGAAGCACAGGCUCAACACGGUUCCUAAUGUCCAGCUGAAGAAUGUAGACGGCUUGAAGAAAGAUGCCUACGAGCUGGAGAUUCAGAACUUACUUAAGUGAGUGAGCAUGUAUCAGAUAUAGUCCACAAAUUAAGCUCUGUGUCUGUGUGUCAGAGAUGUGUGUGUGCGCAUGUGUGUUUUUUAAAAUAUAUAUAUUUCCACCGAGACGCGCUUUUUAAAUGGAUAGUCAUUGCCUCAAUGACUGGAAGUCUAUGGGAACAGCUAGCAUGUCAUUGCACUAACGCUAGUAGCAAUGCACACAGCCCCCCCCCUGCUACCCUUGCAACCACUGCUGAAAAUAAUCCUAGUGAAAACAUCUGUGACUAAUGUGUGUUAUUCUGUGUGUUGUGCUCAGGGAGGCUGAGGUGCUGGACCAUAGUAAGAACCCAUGUGAAGACUUGUUCAUCCCUGAUACAGAGGGGAAGACCUACGUCAUGUACGUCAAGAUGGAGCUGGAGACCGACACAUCCACCUGGACUGAGCUCGCCAAGGUAGAGGGGGAGGGAAGGAGAGGGAGUGGAAUUAAGGAGGGAGGGAAUGAAAGAGAGAGGGAGGGGAGAUGUAGAGACCAGCACUUCACAUUUCAAUAUAGGUAGUGGUUUACAAUCGUAAAACGAAUCAGUAUCAAACUGUUGCUGAUUUUGUCACCCUUAAACUUGUUGCUGUUUUUUUUUUUGUGUUGUCUUUCUCUGAAGAGUGUUUUGUAGACUAAUGUGUGUGCUGUCCUCCUUAGUGUCUCCAUGUGUGGGAUCUGGAUGUGAGAGGGUACCACAACGGCCUAUGGAGGCUCUUCAGGAAGAGGAACCAUGUCCUGGUUGUGGCCGUUCCUAUCUCGCCAUACUCGUGAGUUAUUAUAGUGCAUCACUGUAGCCACGGUUAUGGUUAAGGCCCCUCAGGCACAUGCAGUACUUCACAAUAGAAUGACAAUGUAUUCUUCUCAACUAAACUUUCUUUAACCAGAACAGAAUCCCAUCCAACUUAUUUUCACCGCUAAUAUAUAUCUAUAUUUUUCUCUCUCUUCACUUUGGUCAGUGCGAAGAAGCCAGCGAACGUUACACCCAUCCACCUAGAGCCUCCACCCAAAGAAGAGGGAGCCCCAGUGGAGCAGCGGUAGCCCAACUCCUCCACACACCCUCUCACAAUGCUCUCGACUGGUAUUAAGGUCAUUCUUGCAGGGGCUUGUGGCGUCGGAGAGCCGUUGUCUUAACACUACACCAUUCAGAGGGGG